UAACAGCUGAGCGUGAGCUCUGAGCGUGAAAAAUAAAAUUUGUAUUCAACAAACAAACGCAUCCCGAUGUUAAAGCUUCGUGGUGUGUUCAGCCAAUGCUUUUUUCUGAAGCGACACAUUUCUGCACUUUACAUAACCGGCGACAAAGCCAACGAGAACUAUGUGACGCUGCAGCCAUUCCUGGAUUUCGCCGGCACAUUCCGCGACAGAGCAGUGCUCGAGCAGAGCAUCGCCAGACGUGGCCUGGCCAUUAAUCUGGACGAGGUGCUCACCAAGUACGCAACGUAUCAAACACACCACGAUCAGCUGUUGCGGCUGGAGGAGGAGCGCGAUGCGAUUACCAAGGAACUGAAGCUGCUGACGAAAUCCGGCGGCUCGGCGGGGCAGCUGGAGGAACUGCGCGCGCGUGGCAAGGUGUUGCGCAACGAGGUGAAAGCCUUGAAACAAAAUCUGUAUCCCAUCGAAGAUGACUUUAUCCAUGACUUCUUGCAUCUGCCCAAUGGCUUGCAUUCGCACUGCCCCCAAACGAAUGUGGAGAAGCUCAUUUACAGGCACAAACCGCCCCCGGCCGUUGCACAGGCGCCAUGGCAUUUGGAUCGCAAGGAACUAGUGCAUUUUGUGGACAACAAUCGCUACUACAUGAUGGAGAAGGCGGCUCACUUCGAUGUGGAUGCCAUGCAGGCGCUGGCACGCUACUUCGUCACGCACGGCGACUUUGUGCAGACCUCGAAUCCGGACUUUGUGCGCUGUGUGCUGCUGGAGGCCAAUGCCACGCCCCUGAGUCAGUACCAUCUGGUGCGCGAGGAACACUUGCUGAACAAACUGAAUACCGCAUAUCUAACGGGCGGCGGCGCAUUCGAAAGCUUUCUCGGCACCCUGACCAAGCUGUGCGUAUAUCCUUCGGUGCUGCCGUUGCGCUAUGUCGCCUGCGGGCGCAGCUAUAAUCGCGAGGAGGCGCUGGCCUACGGGCCCACGCCCAGUCUGUACACGGCCACGCAAACGAACGCGGUGCAAAGCCUGGUGGCCACCCAGACCGAGGCCGAAGCCGAUGCAGCACUCGAGCACGUGCUAAAUCUGGCCAUCGACUUUUACAAAUCCCUGGAUAUACCCUUCCGGAUUGUGUACGUCACUGCCGAGAGGCUAACGCCGGCGGAGAGUUUGCGUGCCAGCAUUGAGGUAUAUGCGCCAUCCCUGAAGCGCUACGUUUGCGUUGGACGCAUCAGCAACUAUGGGGAUUUUGUGUCCAAGCGAAUCCUGUUCAGCACGCGCCGCGACAAGCACUACGAUUUCCUGCAUCUGGUGGGCGGCCCGGUGCUGUACACCACCAGGCUCAUCGCGGCCCUCAUCGAGCUGGGAGUCAAGCUGGAGGCCAGCAAAUUGCCCGGCGCCCUGCAAUUGGGGCCCAGCAUGCAGGCCAUGUCGCAGCACCAGCGGGAUUUGCAAGAGUUCAAAGAUCUUUUCAAAUAAAUAUAUGAUUCCAACAGGC